UAUGUUAGUAUAUAUGCUAGCUGAUGCUACUACGUUUGUGCGCGCUAGGUAGCUUCGUCUAUCUUCAGUUCGUGCAGGGCGCUCUCCCAGAGAGGCUAGCUAUCCAUGAAGAGCCUCCUGUUUCCGGAGCGGGGCGACGAGGAGGAGGGGGCGGCGCUGGUGUCGCCGCCGCCUCCGGAUGAUGACCAUGGAGGAGGAGGAGGAGGAGAUGGUGACCAUGAUGAGGAUCCGGCGGCGGCCAAACAGCAGCAGCAGCAGCAGGCGUGGAGGCGGCGGGCGCAGAAGCUGUUGCCGACGAGAAGCGUGGGCUUGGUCAUCGGCGGCCUCGUCGUCCUGGGCUUGCUCGUCGGCAGCGCCACCAGCUGGUGGAUCCACCUCGACUAUGCAAAGUCGUUCCUGCUCGGCGGCGGCGGCGUGAGGCAGCACCGACGGCGGCCUACUCACCACGUCCCCUCGCCUGCGGCGGACCUCGUGCCCAUACCCUUCAGCUGCGGCAACGGCACCUCGGCGGCGACAUGGACAUGCCGCCGCCGCACAGGCACAGCUGCAGCAGUGCUACCUCCCUCGCCGUCGCCGUCGCCGUCACCACCACCGGUGGCACCGUCCUCCCAAUCCCAGGUGCACUCCCCUCCACGAUGCCCGGAGUACUUCCGGUUCAUCCACUCGGACCUGUCGCCGUGGCGCAAGACGGGGAUCACUCGCGAGGCGGUGGAGAGCGGCCGCGGCCGGGCGGCGUUCCGGCUGGUGGUCCUCGCCGGCCGCGCGUACGUGGAGACGUACCAUCGCGUGUUCCAGACGCGCGACACCUUCACGCAGUGGGGCAUCGCGCAGCUGCUGGCUCGCUACCCCGGCCGCGUCCCCGACCUGGACCUCAUGUUCAACUGCGAGGACAUGCCGGAGGUCAAGCGCUCCGAGGCGCCGCCGCCGCUGUUCCGGUACUGCAAGGACGACUCCACGGUGGACAUCGUCUUCCCCGACUGGUCCUUCUGGGGCUGGCCCGAGGUGAACAUCCGGCCAUGGGCGCCGCUGCUGGAGGAGAUGGCCGCCGAGACGGCGCGCCUGCCGUGGCCGCAGCGGGAGCCCUACGCCUACUGGAAGGGAAACCCCGGCGUGUCCGCCGAACGCCGCGACCUCCUCCGCUGCAACAAAUCUUCCGGCGACAAAAUGGAGUGGAACGCGCGCGUGUUCGCGCAGGACUGGGGCGCCGCCAUCCGCGACGGCUUCCGGGGCUCCAACCUCGCCAAGCAGUGCCACUACAGGUACAAGAUCUUCGUGCGGGGGAGGUCGUGGUCGGUGAGCGACAAGUACAUCCUCGCCUGCGACUCGCCGGAGCUGCGGGUGGACACGCCCUUCAAGGACUUCUUCUCCAGGGGGCUCGUCGCCGGUCAGCACUACUGGCCCAUCGACCCCGCGCGCAAGUGCCCCGCCAUCAAGCUCGCCGUCGACUGGGGCAACGCGCACCCGGCGGAGGCGCGGAGGAUGGCCGGCGAGGGCAGCGCCUUCGCCAGGGAGGACCUCGCCAUGGACUACGUCUACGACUACAUGCUGCACCUGCUCACCGAGUACGCCAGCCUGCUGCGCUACAAGCCCACCGUGCCGGAGAAGGCGGUGGAGCUCUGCCCGGAGGCCAUCGCCUGCCCCGCGCAGGGCCGCGAGAGGGAGUUCAUGAUGGAGUCCAGGGAGAGGUACGUCGCCGGCUACGAGCCCUGCACCCUGCCGCCGCCAUUCACCGCCCAAGAGCUCAGCGACAUGGCGCGGAGAGACCAAGAGGUGCGAGCCAAGGUGCACAAGAUCAUGGAGCAGAGCCAGCACCAUUAACUGAUGUAGAUCAGCUGCUACUGUCGUCUCGUCCACACUCCAAUAUAUCCGAUCCACAGGCAAAAUGCAUGGUUUUUACUAGUAGCUAGUAUAUAUAAUUAAUCAAUAAUUAUACUUUACGACCUUACUCCGCUCGUAUUCAAUUUCGAUUCUAAUUAAAUUUUGAUACAUUUUUGGGACCAAGAGUUGAACGAGUUUUACAGAAUUUUAAUUAGUUCUCAUAGUUUGUUCAAGAUGUUUCUAAAAAUGUUCGGUGGACAUAAAAGAUGCUUCAAUAAAUUUGGUUUCAACUGUUGGAUAUGUCAUA